AUGGCCAUCGAAGAACCGGCUCAAAUCCAGGGUGACCGCGCCCCCGAAAUCAUCGCCGUCGCUGUAGUGGGAAUCGCCAUCUCGACUAUCGCCGUCGUGCUGCGCUUCAUCGCCCGCUCACAGGCCCGCCCCGGUGCGUUGAUGUUUUGGUGGGAUGACUGGACUAUCCUCGCAACCUUGAUUGUAUCGCACGGCUUUCUCUCCCUCAACAUCGCCUGGACCAACUAUGGACUGGGCAAGCAUUUCCUCACAGUCCCCUUUUCGGCCGCAGUACCCAACAACAACAUAAGCCAUGCUUCUAUCCUGCUCUACGCCGUGUGCAUCUGGCUGAUCAAGAUCACAACCCUCCUGCUCUACGCCCGAAUUUUCCAGGUCUCGCGCACCUUUGUUUCUAUCCUCUGGGGCUUCGGCGCCUGCGUCACUGCCUGGUUUAUCUGCACAGCGAUCAUUCCAUGGUUCAACUGCACACCCGUCUCCAAGACCCUCAAUCUCUUCGAACCAGGUGUCUGCUUCAACCGUAUGCCAUGGUUCUAUGCCUCGGCCUUUAUUAACGCAUUCUUCGAUCUGGCGAUUCUCCUCCUUCCCCUACCAUCUAUCCUCCGCAUGCAAAUGACGCUUCGUCGGAAAAUCUCCGUCGUAUUUGUCUUCAUUCUCGGCUACAGCUCAGCGUUCUUAUCCUUUGCGCGCUUCAUCAUUAUCGUCCGCAAUCCCACCGUGAUGAGCACCGAACCUGACGCCGACCCAACCUGGCGAACCGUUCCGCUCCUCAUUCUCUCCAUGCUCGAAGCCCCCCUGGCCAUCCUCGCCCUCUGCUCGCCUCUAAUCGGCCAACUUGUCAACCGCUCCCUGAAACACACCACCUUCGGGUCCCUCUUCAGGAGCUUCUUCUCAACCCGCUCCGACUCGUCGAGUCAAUCUCGCUCUGGCUACAGCGACGUCGACUCCAGGAACGCAAAGAGCCAGCUGUAUUCGAGCACGGCGGCGCUCGGACAGAAACGAUCCAGUGAUGAAAAUUAUCUGGACCCCGCUCCGAUCCCGAUGGGAGCGAUCAGUGUGAGUCGCAAUGUGGAAAUCUCCCGUACUGCACAGAGCAGCUUCGUUUGA